AUGAGAGAAGAUGAAAUAGGACUAUCACUCCACCAAUAUUUAUCAUAUAGAAGGUUUCUUAUUGUGUUGGAUGAUAUGUGGAGUAUUGAGGCAUGGGAGAAGAUACAACUCUAUUUUCCUGACAAUAGUAAUGGUAGUCGGAUAAUGGUGACAACUAGGCUAUCGAAUUUGGGAUUUCAGUUGGAUAGCAAUUAUGGCCUUCAAAUGAAAUUUAUGGAUGAGGAAACUAGUUGGAAUAUGUUCUGCAAAAUUGUGUUUGGGGAGGAAAGUUGCCCUUUGAAUUUGGAGAAAAUUGGAAAGAAGAUUGUUAUGAGUUGCAGAGGACUUCCAUUAUCAAUUGUUGUGAUAGGAGGUCUUUUGGAGAAAAUGGAACUAACGAAAGAAUAUUGGAAAUCUAUUAGGAGAAGCAUAAGUUCAUUAGCGAAUUUAGAGAAUGAUAAGCAUUGCUUGAAAAUACUAAAGUUGAGCUACAACCAUUUGCCAAUUUAUCUUAAGCCAUGCUUUCUGUAUAUGGGAACAUAUGCGGAGGAUCAUGUAAUUCAAGUCUCGAGACUCAUCAAGCUAUGGGCUUCUGAAGGAUUUCUAAAACCAAUAAGCGGCAAGAGUUUGGAAACAAUUGCAAAAGAGUACUUAAUUGAACUAGUUGAUAGAAAUCUAAUUCUAGUUCACGAGUUGGGGUCAACUGGAAAAAUUAAGUACUGCAAAAUCCAUGAUCUGCUGAGAGACCUUUGCUUGAGAGAAGCUCAAAAGGAGAGGUUUUAUGAUGUGGUCGAGCAACAUAGUCCUCAAGGCAAGUGUAGCCAACGACGUGUAGUUAUUAUGCGAAGCACUCCAAAGGAGAAAGUCGUUGAUGCCUUGAAAUCUAGACCAUAUGCCCGUACCUGUAUAAGUGAUUGUACAAGAUAUGAACCGUUGCCCAAUCCAAAAUUGUUGAGGACACUGAAAGCAUGGGAUGAAGAUAAUGUUCUAGGGAUGUGUGAGUGUUCUGUGGAAAAAUUGUUUGAGUUGGUUAAUUUGAGGUUUCUUGAUGUUAAAUCUGAUAUGUACCUCCACCUUCCUUCUUCGGUCAAUCUCCUCUGGAGUCUACAAACAUUAAUUGUUCAUCAUACUAUAGUAGAGGUUAUACACGCACCGGUUGAAAUUUGGAACAUGUCUCAACUUCGGCAUGUUCAUUUAUGGACCGGAGAAAUUCAUCUCCCAGAUCCUCCAGGUGAUAGCCUUGCCGUCAUGGAGAAUCUGCAAACCCUCGAAGGUGUAAAAAAUUUCAAGUUCGAUGAGAGGAUGGUUCGGAGAAUGCCCAAUGUCAAGAAAUUAGGACUCAAGUAUGAUGGAAUUGAGUCUAGUGAUGAUGACUGUUGUGUCCACAACAUCAAACAUUUGCAGAAGUUGGAAUCUCUUCGAUGUUUUAGCUAUCCCGGGGCUAAAUUUUUGCAAAAGCUUACCUUUCUACACUCUGUUAAAAUUAAGAGUCUAUUUCUUCAAAUACCAUAUGGUCGUAGAAUGGAAGACAUAUUGGAAAAGGUUAGUACAUUACCUCAUCUUCAAAAGCUCAUUUUGAUUGGUGGAGAUUUCACAAUAUGCAAAUGGGAAACAGUUGAAGGCCAGUUCCUCAGUCUCAAAUAUUUGUACUUAUGGUGUGGUCAUCUGGAAUGCUGGACGAUGGAAAGCUCUCACUUCCCGUGUCUCGAGCACCUACAUCUUUUAGUCUCGAAUGAUAUGAAGGAGAUCCCCGCAGAACUGGGUGAAAUUCCGACACUUAAAUCUGUGACUUUGUACAAUUGCAGUGAAUCGGCUACUAAGAGUGCGAAGAGAAUGGUAGAGGAACAAGAGGACUUGCAAGGAGACGGACUCACCUUUCGAGUCACAGUUCGUCUCCACAACGAUGAGGACAGCGAUGAGCUGUUGAAGUUGGCUACUCCCAACUUUAAAGUUGUUAAAUAGUUGCUCAAAGUGUACCAUUACCAUGCCCAUUGUUUAACCUGUAUUCUGUUUGAGAUAAAUGAAACGUUUUUUU